AGCUUAACCCUUAAAAUAUAAGCUAACCAAAGUGAGUGUAGCCCACAAUUUGUGCACACUUUCACUAACAAACAAUGUUUUACAACCUAUGGAUACUACUUCCACCAAACAACAACUAAGACAAAAACAAACCCAACAACAACAUCUGAAACACUACACCCCAUUGUUAAGCCUCACAAGCUCCACAAAUUCAAACCCUUUUUCCAUUUUAGUCAUUUGGGUUUCCAAAUCUCUCAAAAGUUUAUGUUUUAGACUUCAUUUCUCAAAUGGGUUUUGCUUAAAAUCGAUUCAAUAUCAUGGUAUGGUGAUUAACACUAACACUAACACUAACACUAACACCCCUGUUAUCUAUGUUCCAUCUUGUUCUACAAUGGAGGAUUUGAGUUUGAGUUUAGCUGAGAAGAAUCAAGUUGUUGAAGAAAAUGUGGGUUGUGACAAUGGUGUUGCUAAAAGAGGAAUCUUUUCUGAUUUGAUUGAAGAAAAGGGUUGUUGUGAAAGUAGUUCAAGUUCUGAGUUUUUGUCAUCUGAGAAUAUUGGUAAUGAAGAACAACAUAGUCAUAGUAGUACUGAGGAAGGUUCAUCUUCACCACUUUCAUUGGUUUGGAAUGUUCAGAAAAUUUCUGCUUCUGAUUGUAGUAGUCCAAGUCCUCAUGGAAGUGAAGAUGUUAAGAAGAAACAUUUGGUGGAAAAGGAAUUUGUGAAACAAGUUUCAGCAUUAACAGAGAUUGAGAUGAUGAAAGAGAGGUUUGCAAAAUUGUUACUUGGAGAAGAUAUGUCUGGUUGUGGAAAUGGGGUCCCUACAGCAUUGGCUAUCUCAAAUGCUAUAACUAAUCUAUGUGCUACCCUCUUUGGACAACUUUGGAGAUUAGAGCCUCUGCAGUCCGAGAAGAAAGCAAUGUGGCGAAGAGAGAUGGAGUGGCUUCUUUCUGUCAGUGAUCAUAUUGUCGAAUUAACACCUAAUUGGCAGACUUUUCCUGAUGGAAGCAAGCUUGAGGUUAUGACAUGUCGACCACGCUCGGAUCUGUAUGUCAAUCUUCCAGCUCUGCGCAAAUUAGAUAACAUGCUUCUCGUAAGAUUCAUACAGCAACGAGUGUACUUGAUAGUCUAUUUUCAUGUAGGAGGCUAUUCUAAACUAUGGUAUUUGUUACUUUCACAGGAAAUUCAAGAUAGUUUUGUUGAUACCGAGUUCUGGUAUGUAGAUCAAGGUGUUAUAGCUCCAGAUGCUGGUACUAGUCCGUCGUCGUUUAGGCAAGCACUUCAACGACAAGAAGAGAAAUGGUGGCUUCCGGUUCCCCGAGUUCCUUCUUGUGGCCUCCAUGAAAAUUCAAGAAAGCAAUUGCAGCACAAGCGGGAUUGCACGAGCCAAAUAUUAAAAGCUGCAAUGGCUAUUAACAGUAUUACUUUAGCUGAAAUGGACAUUCCCGAGUCUUAUUUAGAGUCUCUUCCAAAGAAUGCUAGAGUUAGCUUGGGGGAUGUUAUUCAUCGAUACAUCACGUCAGAUCAUUUUUCUCCUGAGUGUUUGCUAGAUUGCCUUGAUUUAUCUUCUGAACAUCAAGCUAUAGAGAUCGCAAACCGAGCAGAGGCUUCCAUGUAUAUUUGGCGUAAAAAGACAAAUUCGAAGCCUGCUAGUGUUAGUGGUAGAUCAAGUUCAAGAACAUCAUGGGAAAUGGUCAAGGAUCUAAUGGUUGAUGCCGACAAAAGGGAAUUGUUUGCAGAGAGAGCAGAAAUUCUUCUGCUUUCGUUAAAGCAGCGUUUUCCCGGUCUCCCUCAAACCGCCUUGGAUAUGAGCAAAAUCCAAUACAACAAGGAUGUUGGAAAAGCCAUUCUAGAAAGCUACUCUCGAGUACUCGAAAGUUUAGCAUUUAACAUGGUAUCCCGAAUUGACGAUGUACUCUACGUAGACGACUUGACAAAAAACUCUGACCAAUUCCCGUCUCAUACAAAAGUCGGUGUAAUUACUCGCAAGAGUAUAUCAGUUCCAUACGCAAUGCCUGCUCCAACGACUCCAUACAAAUCAGCUUUCGGAACACCGACACUUUCUCCUGCACAUGUAAUUAGCCCUUCAAAGGGAGGAAAGUCUCCACUCAUCAAUAAUGGCAGCAAAACACCUUCGAGAGGUGUAGGGGUGAAGAAAUCUUUGACUGAUUUUCUUAGCAUUGAUGUAAAAGGGAGCAGUUCAAAUGAGAAAACAGUUUCAGAAUCAAAAACAGUUGAUGAUGUGGCAGCAUUUGAUUCCAGUGAUGUUAGAGAAGUUGUUGUUAGCCCAAAUAUUAUGGACAAGGCAUGGCAUGUUUGAAAAAUGGCUAUUGAUUUUUUAAUAGCCUAGGCUUUUCUCAAACGUUUAAUUUUUUUUUUUUGGUUCUUAUUAUUAUGUAUAUGAAUGAAAAGAAUGGAAUAUGCAGAAGGAUUCACUUUUAUUUAGAAUGGAUAGUAUUUUAUUUAUAUUUGAAAGUUGCUGUCGUCGACGCA